UACUCAUGUCUGUUGUGUAGUUGAUGGUAUGUUAUCUUGUGCAGAUGUUGUUUUGACUCUUUCUUUGUGUUUGUUUAUUUUUCCAGAGGUGCCGCUGGUCCUCUACCUGUUCCUGCUCAUCUCCCUGGUGUGGUUGUGGGCAGGACUCCAUUUGGGCUACAGGUACCUGUGGAUGCUCAUCCUCUACGUCAUCUUUAACUGCUUUCUGGGCCUAUAUGUGUUUGCAGUGUACUUCAUCAUGCACAACCAGCUGUGUUGGCCCACUAAAGCAAGUUACACAGUCGAAAUGAGCGGCCAUGACAGUCCUGAUUCUACCUACCAGGGAGGAGGACCCACUACUGUAGGAGGAGACAUCAGCAAGUCAACUCAGAACCUCAUCAGUGCAAUGGAGGAGGUGUCAGCAGACUGGGAGCGAGCGUCGCUGCGGCCCAGCAGUCAGCCCAGCAGCGUGUUUAAACCCAGUCCUGUGAUGGGGACGUACACCACCGAGGGGGGCUUCAUCAACACCAACUUGGUGACAGCAGACGAGGAGUUGCAGGAGUUUGAUGACCUCAUAUUUGCCUUAAAAACCGGGACCGGCCUUAAUGUGAGCGAUAACGAGUCCAUCCCUGGAAGCCACGACGGAGGCAGCAUCACAAACUCACAGAUAGUGGAGCUGAGGCGGAUCCCCAUAGCAGACACACACCUCUAACCUGUUCGCCUCACGCACGCCCCCACUGUCCCUCAUAUCAGAUCAGCACAGUAUUUUUAUAUCAUGAAAUGCUUUUGCACUAAAAACUGUUUUUUAAAUAGAACAUUUUCUAAUAGAUGUUUGAUACUGUAUGUGAUUUUUACUGUAUAUCUGUUUUUUUUUAUAUCUUUGUAUAUGAACAUAUACAUAAGUGUUUUACUAAAUUAAUUUUUUUUAAGCACCCUCUGGAGUUGUUUCUGAAUGUAUAUUUUGAUUUUUGUUCCUGUAGAGACCAAGCAACUCAGCUGAGGUACUGCUGCUGAGUGAAGUGUAACAUUGUUAAUAAAUGAUUUCAAAGAUA